AAAGUGGGUUAGUUCAGUUUUUGUCUCGAAGCUAGGCGAUGUUCAGAUAGCUUUUUGGUGAAAAUGCAACUUCGGUAAGCUUUGGAAUCUGAAGAAGCAUUCGAAUCGAAAUAAUCUACCAUUUUUCAAUGUGAACCCUUUUUUGCGUGGAACUCUGACUUAACUCAUGUAAUUUCAAAAAUUGUGUCAAUCACUAUGGGUUCCUCAAUGUCUUCAAAUGUAGGCGACCGACGAGCUAACGCCCUAAGACGGUCCCAAAGAAAGUCCCUGACAGGAGCCUGUUCUUCCAUCGACAAAGUCAUCAAAGCCUUGAAGAACUACAAGGGAACCGAAGACAGCGAAGAAUACAAGAACAUGAAAGUACGGAUCAUCCAAGUAGAGAAAAACCUCCAAAAAGUACCCGAAUCGCAGAAACAGUUCAAAACCCUCCAUGAGGUAACCAAACAGAAGAUAAAAACAGCGUUCGAAAUGUUAGAGAAUAGAACCCUGGAGAACACCCAAGCCGCCCAGUCCAGGGGUAUCAUCCUGAACGGAAACGGCAUGAAGCCACCAUCACCGAACACCAGAAAAACGAUAGAAGAAUUGAGAACGCAGGAGCAGCUGAGUAAAGACACCACUCCUGCUCAAUCUCCAACGAACGAAAACAAAAGAAACUCCCUCCUGUUACGCAUGUCCAAAUUCACCCUCCCCAAGAGAGAAUCCAAGUCUUCAGAGUCCGAGGUGCAAGAAGUGACGGUUGAGGUGCACAAAUCUCCGGAAGCUACGAGAAAAUCCAUAAUGAAAUACGGAGUUCCGGUCUUGCCAAGUCCUCCACAUAACAGUCCUCCAAAAUUGGUGUCUUUCAACACGCCAGACCACUUUGAAGACACCUUAUUGAAGCACGAGAAGCGUCUGAAGAUCAUCAAGCAGGACAUAGCUAACCUGGAGAUCCGCAUCAGCGAGUUCAUUGGCAAGAAGGACGGAAAGCACUACAACAACCUAAAGGUGUCCCUGGAACAGAUGGAGGAAGAACUGGAUGGCAUCCGGGAAGAGGAGCUCUUGGAUCAGGUGGAGUUGUGCCAGAAUUACAUUAAGAGCUGUUAUAACUUCUUGGAGUCGAAAGCUCUAGAGGAGGAUGAUGUAGACGACGAUCUUUUCACGAAUUAUACUGAUUCGAAGAUUUUUGGCAGUACCCAUGACUUGUUGGAAGGACAUAAUGUUAGAACGACGGCAAUAUGAGACGUGUGAUGUCCAAUUGUAGCGAAUUGUUUAAUAUUUUCAUUUCGAAUAUUGUUAUCGUGUAAAAGUAUCCAGUGAAUUUUGGAGUCGUUCGAAGAAGACAAUUUCGAUCCUCUCUUUAAAUUUUCAAUGGCGAAUUACAAUAGUGUUAAAUAAAGAUAGAUGGUUAAGUUUUAUUGUUGAUGACUUAGUUUCAGGUUCAAGAGAUGUUUUCUCUUGAAGAUAUACAUAUCUCUAAUAUUCUCGUAUGUUUAUAUAUUUUGAGGUUUUCGAAAUAAAUAUUGGAAGAAG